AUCAAAUCAAAAAUUUGCAAUCAAAUUGUUAAAAACUGAAAUUAAGAGAAGGUUCCGCCCGCGUGCAGCUCCAAUGCGACUUUUGUGAAAUACUUUUCGAGCUUUUCAGUUAAAAACUCUCCCAAAACAAAAAAAGAAUAAGAAACUCGAAGAUCUUCAAACCAAGAUAGAAAAAUGCGUGGCCGUCAUUUACGUCGACGUUUCAGCUUGCAGCCGUCGUUCAUGAAGGAUGACAGUGCCGAUGAGAAACCCAAACGUGACAAAGUGGGUCGCAAUAAUGCGGUGGAUGAUGCCAUUGGACCAGCAAAUGCUCGACACAAAAUUGUUGUUAUGGGCUCGGCGAAAGUGGGCAAAACAUCGAUUAUAACACAAUUUCUGUAUAAUACAUUUACAACCAAAUAUAAACGAACCAUUGAGGAAAUGCAUCAGGGAAAUUUUUCAAUUGCGGGUGUAAGUUUAACUCUGGAUAUACUCGAUACAGCUGGUUCUUAUGAGUUUCCAGCCAUGCGAGCUCUAUCCAUUUCAUCGGCCGAUGCUUUCAUUUUGGUCUAUGAUGUCACCGAUGCCACCACAUUUGAGGAAGUUCGAGCCAUACGCGAUCAGAUCCAUGAAACAAAAGCCACCACAGCGGUUCCCAUUGUUGUUGUGGGUAACAAAAUUGAUUUACUUGUCGAUGGCGAAAGCGAAAGAGAGGUGGAAUAUGCCACAACUGAAUCGGUGGUGACAGUUGAUUGGGAAAAUGGUUUUGUUGAGGCCUCAGCUGCAACCAAUGAAAAUAUCACACAAGUUUUUAAGGAGCUGCUAACCCAGGCAAAAAUCACCUAUAAUCUAAGUCCAGCUCUACGUCGGCGAAGACAGUCGCUGCCCCAACAGAUUGGUAGUAAUGGACCUGGUACACCUUUGCAUCACCAUCAUCAUCAUCAUCAUCAUCAACAGGCGCAGCAGCAGCAUCCUCAUCAUCAUCCACAGCAUGGUGGAGCUGCUUCUACUUCGGCUGCAGCUAUAGGAUCUGGAAUCGGUGGUGGACCCGCAGGCUCAUCGCAUGCCCCAACACCCGCCCAAUUGCAGCAUUUGCAACGCAUACAGGAACGCAGUUUGGGUGCCAAACGCAAUUCUUGCACUAUAUCUUAAGGCUCAACUACUAAUACAAAUACAAAUACAAAUACAAAUACUACUACUACUACUACAUACAUACAUACAUACUAUUAUUUUUGACUAAAAACCUUUAACUGAACCAAAAUCGACAAUGGUUUUCAAGAAAUGUAUUAUUGUACCUUUUUGCUAAAAACGUACCUACUCAAACAAAAGAUAAAACCCAAAAAUGAA